AUUCCAUCCCAGAAUUCCGAGUAGGACGCGCAUCACGCAAAGAGGUAUUGUCGCUGUCUUCUACUUGGCGUUUGCGAAAGCAUUACUUUCUUCGAACCUGGGCAAGAAAAAUCCAUGGGCACGGUCGUGGAAACAUCAUACACGGUGGAAACCAUUCCAGGAGGUGAGCCUCUUGGAGUGGAAAAUGGCGCUAUAGCGGAUAACUGCCUAACUGCCUCCUCGUUCUCAGGCCACGCACCGCCACAUUUAGCCCGACUGAACGGGCCGUCGGCCUGGUGCGCAGGAAAAGCAGCCGACUGCUAUUUGCAGGUUGACCUAGGAAGUCUCCAUUUGCUGUGUGGUGUAGCAACACAGGGAAAUCCUGGUGGAAACAGAGAUUACGUCAAACGAUACAAACUUCUCUCCUCCGCGGACGGCGAAGGCUGGGACACUUACGAGGAGAAUGGGAACGACAUCAUCGACGGAAACUCGAAUAACUGGGGCAUAAGCAAGAAAGAGUUGGAUAAAGAAAUCAUCACACGAUACGUGAGGUUUUGUCCAGUCGACUGGUACUGCUGGCCAUGCUUAAGAAUUGAAUUGUAUGGGGCUGCACUAAACAUUGGAGACGGAUUUCAAACUACUCAGACCGACGAUGAUGGAAGUUAUGUUGUAGAGAAAGUUUUGUAUACAACUGUUGAGACACGUGUUGAAGAGAAUGGCGAACCAGACGAAGACUCACUGAAGGAACAAGAAAAACAGUUAAUCCGAGAGGCAAAGGAAAGGCAGCGAAUUGAAGAAGAUCAACAGAACAGGUUGGAAGAAAUUCAACAGAUUAUUGAGCAAGAAGAAGUUAAACGACGGCCAUCCAGGGAAGAUAUGGAUGAGAGGGAACGAAGGGAAGCCGAGUCGCGAAUCCAGCUGGUUCUCAAUGAAGAAAGAGCAUUAGAGCGGCGAGAAAAACCUGAUGGACAAGACGUACCACAGAUACUUAACAUUGAGGAGGGCAGACACGAACGGGUAACAAAAGAAUAUAGCAGAAUUGAUGAAGAGCAUCGAAAGCGAAUGGAAGCUCUUACUGCAAUACUUAAUGAGGAUGAAGAACGAAGGAAGAGAGAGAGAGAGGAAAGAAGGUUAGUUGAAGAGGAGGCGAGGAAAAAACGGGAGGAAGACAGACGGAAAAAGGAAGAAGAAAUCAGGCGAAAGCGCGAGGAAGAAAGACUUCAGUGGGAAGAAGAACAUCGAAAAUGGGAAGAGGAGAGGAAAAAACGAGAUAAAGAAUUAGAAGCUGUGUUAGAGGAGGGAAGGAAAAGACGCGCUGAAGAGAGGCAGAAACGAGAUGAGGAAUUGAAAAAAGCGAGAGAGGAGGAGAGAAAAAAACGGGAGGAAGAAAGAAAAAAACGCAUGGAAGAGGAAAUGAUGAGGCUGGAAGAACAAAGGAAAGAAAGGCAAGCGAAAUGGAAUAGCAGAACUGAAGUUUUUAUUUCUGAAAAGUUGGACGUGCCAGACAAUAAAAAUCGACAAGACGAGAAAAAGAAGAUAGAGGAAGGUUGGAUAAAAAGAGUUGAAACACCACGAAAAGUUGAGGAAGAAAUGAAACGAUUCAGAGACGAAGAACGAAAACGCCUUGAAGAGGAACGAAAAAAGUUAUUGGAGAAGGAAAUUGAACAAGCAGAAGCAGAAAAAGAAUAUAGAUCGGAGAUAAGGAUUUUAAAGCAAGAGAAACCCGAAACCAUAACCAAAGUGACUGUGGCGACCAUUCAGUUAGCCCCUGGAGUGGACCCCGAGGAGGAAAAGCGAAGGCUUGAGUGGAGAAUGCAGAAAUUUGAACAGGAUCGUUUGCUCAGAGAAGAAGAAGCUAAGAAAAGACAAGAGGAAGCUGAAAGGAAGAGAAAAGAAGAGGAAGAACGGGCAAGGCUAGAGGAAGAAAGCAGACGGAGACUAGAGGAAGAGGAGAAAGAAAGGCGUAGGGAGGAAUUUAGGUUACAGAAAGAGGUGGAAGAGAGACAGAAGAGAGAAGAAGCGGAACGUAAGCAUCGAGAAGAGGAAGAACGUCGACUCAAAGCGCUCGAGGAAAGAAAGAAACGGUUAGAAGAGGAAAGGAAGAAACGAGAGGACGAAGAACGAAUCUGGAAACGCGAACUAGAGGAAAGAAAGCAACGAGAAGAAGAAGAAAAGCGCAAACAGAUGGAGAGCAAGAAGUUAAAACGCCGUAGCAUUGAGCGAAAGAAAUUCGAAGAAGAAGAAAAGAAGAAGCUCGAUGAGAUUGAAAGGAAGCGCAUUGAAGAGGAAGAAAGAGAGCGGAUGGAAGAAGAACGAAGGCGCCGCGAAGAGAGGGAAAAAUGGAAACUGAAACAAAUGGAACGAAGGAGGAGUGGAGAGAUUUACCGACAAAAAAGUGAGGAAGAUAUACGAAGAAGAGAAGAGAGGUCUUCAAUUAAAGACAGGGAAAGAAAAAGGAGGGACAGCAGAAGUUUUGAGACCAAAUGGAUGUUCAUCAACGGCGAGAGGACAGAAGUACCAGUGAAUGAAUCGUUCGAAUCCACAACAAGUCUUCCAAUUCAGUGUGGGCCUCCUGAUGUGUUCGAAGAUGAGUCGCCCAGCAGUAAACGCAGUAUCACCGUCAACACCGUGUCCACUAAAACCAUACAGAGGAGCCGCAGUUUUGAUUACAAGGAUUCUAGAGAAAUUCCCAUCAUACGCAGCAGUCCCAUGUACGCAUCCGAAAGGCAUAUAAGAACUGUUUCCCAGUUGUCUAUAAAAGAAGAAGUGGUGCCAUACAGAUCUCAGCCUCACUGCGAUCACCUUCUGCCGACAGAUCCUUCCGUUCAGGAGGCAGUAGAGAUGAGCUUUUUCGACAAAUAUGAAGAAAAUGAGCCUACGUUAAGGCCAUUUCCCAGUUGGUAUGGAGGGCUGGACAUGGGAAGCUUACCUCAUCUUUAUUCACCCGCAAAUCCCAUCGAGGACUCUGACAUGGAUCGACUUCUGAGCAUAGAGAACGAGGGGUUGAAAUCUUGGAAGCGGGUGAAAAAAUCUGGAGAGCUGGAGGUCUAUUCGCGUAAAGGACUGGAGCGCGGUAGUCCGCCUGUUACCAAGGCAGUAAUGGUCUUAAAAGAUGUUCCAUACAGAGAUGCGAUUGAUUUAGUUUCUGACUGGGAUGAACGGACUCAGUGGGACAAAACAUUUGACGGCGUCUCAUUUCUGGAUCAGAUGGCGGACUUUAAAGUCUUGAAAUGCUAUCAGAAGAAAAAACAUCGAUGUGUAGUGUUGGCCACCUUAGAUCGAGAAGAUGAAGAACCGUAUUACGCAUGCGCAUGGAAAGGAAGCACCCAUCCGAGUGUUCCUGGGGAGGAUAACAAACUCAAUGUGAUGAGACUGGAGACAGGUAUCUGUGGUGCCAUUAUCCGCCCUUAUCACGAUGCUACCAGAUCCUCGAAAAUCACAAUUAUCACACAAGUACGAGGCUCUAUUCCUAGUCCUCUAAAGAGCACGUUCUUGACGGGUAACCCCAGCAAGUGGCUGAUUUGGCUAAAAAAACAUCACGACACACGAGCUAAGGACAUCGUGGAGAAAGUGGAGAACGAAGAUGAUACGAACAAAGACGAAGCCUCUUCGGUUUCAUCCAGGUCGGAGAAUCAGAAUUAACGAGUACAGAGACAAUUUUGAGAACAUUGUGACGUUAGCUGUUUAUUUUUUACAAUUUAGGGUAAUGUUUGGCAAAAUAUCUAUAAAAAACAAUUUCGGCCCGUAGCAGUUGAGAGCUCGUGCGUUAUCAAAACUGGAUUGUUAUAUAGGUAGCUUUUAAACAUUUUUAAACAUUUCAGUGCUUAUCGUGCUUAUUUUUCUUUCCCGCGCUUUUCCACACAACUGAGUGACGUGAUAGUGCUAUUAGCGGCGGUCAGUGGUAAGGUCAAAGUAGGUGUACGUUCGCAGGGUACGAUCACACGUUAUGGAAAGAUCACGUGCGUUCUACGAACUCGAGCUUACGCCCCGCUCAGGUUUGAAACACAUUAAAAGCGAAUAGCAGAGAUGGCAAUUUCAAAACGGGUGAAUUAAAAAAUAUUAGCUCGGCUGAUAAAGGAAGAAAGAGAAGCUAGUGUUUUAAGGAGGAGGGGGGGUUAUUAUCAGAAUGAAUAAUAAAGAGCUGACUUAAAACUAUCAGAAAAGUCAGCCUUGACAUCAAAAUAUAACUUUUGCACACAUUAGAUUAGUAUUAUAGACUGUGAUAACUUGAGCAUUUUCUAAUGUAGCUCUCUAUAGGAGCACCAAGAAUACGUUAUAUAGCUGACCACAUACACCUAGCAUCAUAUUUGUAUCUCAGAUUAGUUCGUAAAGGCUGUGUGCCCACUUUUUUAAGAGUACCCGUGGCUAUUUAAUAUUGCUUAUAAACAUUUACUCGCCUACUUUGAAAUAUAGUAGUGCAAAAGAGUAUUGGUGGACAAUAAUUGGUAGAAUGGGUCAGGGGAGGGACGGGUAGGUGCGCAGUUGCCCAGGUUGUUCAUGGGUAGUUAAUUAAGGUAUAAUGUGUAUUUAAUGAGUAGUAUUUUUUACUUGAGAAAUGAAAAUGUUUGAGCUGUUAAUCAUAAGAUGCGUGCACUAAAAACCUUGGGCUAAACGUUCAUUGAAGAGUACGAAAUCAAAGCUUAAGCCUCGCAAUCUUUUUCGUAACAUUGCUGGAAUAAAUUAAGUGUGUGUUGGAUUUUGUAGUUCUUGUGGAAGAUGACCAUUAAAGUGCUAUUCCACAGA